CUGAAGCCCCGUCCUUACCUCCACUCAGAGGAGCUCAGGCAGUAGCAUCGUUAGUGUGGUCAGAUGCGGAGAAGAUAACGAAGCCAGACGCACCCACUCAUUUUUGCAACUACAGUAAUUAUCCUCUUUUUAUAUAUUUAUGCUGCGCAAAAUAAGAAUAAUACCAAUAAUUUGUGUAUAAAAAGGAAAUUCAAUCUGUAUCGAAAACAGGAACACACUAUCCUAUGGAGGUAUCAAUACAUUUAUAUCAAUUACUUCUUUGUCGGUCUCUUGCUUAGAUAUUUUAUUUUCACACGUAAAGGAGCUGUUAUCGGUUUAUCAUGAGGGAACAUUAACGGGAUACAGGCCGGUGUGAGACCGAGGUAGAAUUUGGAAAAGGAAAAUAUCUAAUGCAAAAGCCUUAGGCGUGGACUUAAAAAUCCUUCUAUCUGAGUUUAAAUCGGCUUGGCAAAGAAGUAUUUCAGAUCUAUGUUUUUAUUUAAGUGGUGUCCUUUGCUUUUCGCUGCGUGACACCUUGAUUGUGCAGACACAGACAAUCCGUCUCCGCUCGGAUCAUUUUAGGACGCGGCAUAGAGUAAACUGCUAUAUUUCUUAAGGGAAUCGCGUUCAUUUUCCCUCUACCUGGCUUUUUCUCUAGCUGCACGAAGACGCAACAUAGCUGCCAGAGUAUUUAACUAAUCGGCAAGACAAUCACAGUUUCUCUAUUUUUGCGCUGUACCUCUUAACGCCGAAAUGAAUUAUCUGCGUCGCCGACUCUCGGACAGCAAUUUUAUGUCCAACCUGCCAAAUGGUUAUAUGAGUGACCUGCAGCGCCCGGACCCGCCUCAGCAUAGCCCCGCGGUGUCCCCCGGACCAGCCGAAAGGCGCCAGUCUAGCAGCCAGUCCGCCGGUACCGGCUUCUUCUCCUCGAUUUCAAAUGCUGUCAAACAGACCACUGCGGCCGCCGCCGCGACAUUCAACGAAGCGACCGACAGAGCCACCGGUCCAGCGCGAUCCAAGAUCCUCUUGGUUAUCGAUGACCAACAGACAGACUGGGCCAAGGUUUUCAAAGGAAAGAAGGUGCAUGGUGAAUUUGACAUCAAAGUGGAACAGGCCGAAUUCUCAGAAAUUAACCUGGUAGCUCACGCAACUGGAAGCUACAGUGUGGAUAUUGAGGCAAUUCGAAAUGGCAACAAGGUCACCAAGUGUUUCAGGCCAGACUUUGUGCUGGUCCGACAGCACGCCUUCAGCAUGGCGAAGAACGGAGACUUCCGGAACAUUGUGAUCGGACUGCAGUAUGCCGGUCUUCCCAGCGUCAACUCUCUGCACUCUGUGUACAACUUCUGCGACAAGCCAUGGGUGUUUGCUCAGAUGUCCAGAUUGUUCAAGCAAUUGGGGCCAGAGGAGUUCCCACUGAUCGAGCAGAUCUACUACCCCAACCACAGGGAGAUGAUCACCACACCUGGGUUUCCUGUGGUAGUAAAAAUGGGUCACGCCCAUUCUGGGAUGGGAAAGGUGAAAGUGGACAAUCAGUAUGACUUCCAGGACAUUGCCAGUGUGGUGGCCCUGACCAAGACCUACGCCACAUCUGAACCUUUUAUCGAUGCCAAGUACGAUGUCCGCAUCCAGAAGAUCGGAAACAACUACAAAGCCUACAUGAGGACAUCAAUUUCAGGAAACUGGAAAACAAACACUGGCUCUGCCAUGCUUGAGCAGGUGGCCAUGUCUGACAGGUACCGGCUGUGGGUUGACCGCUGCUCAGAGGUCUUCGGGGGUCUGGAUAUGUGUGCUGUGGAGGCUCUCCAUGGAAAAGAUGGCAGGGAUUACAUCAUUGAGGUGGUGGGCUGCUCUAUGCCGCUGAUUGGAGAUCAGCAGGACGAGGAUCGUGCCCUAAUUGCUGAUUUGGUCGUCUCUAAAAUGAACCAGACUGUCCCGGCUACCUCCGUUCCCUCCCCCCUCCGCCCCACAGCAGGACAGCCGUCACAGCCCCCAGCACCGCAAGCUGUAUCUCCCCAGCCUAUUCACGCACAGCAGAGGGUACCCGGGGCUGCUCCUGGCUCUCAACAGCGCCCCCCUCCACAAGGAGGCCCUCAGCAGCCCCCUGCCGGCGCCCAAGUCCCCCGCCAGAGCCCCCCCUCUCAGCAGCGCCUCCCCCCACAAGGCCAGCCGGUUCAGGGCCUGAGCCAGCCGCCCCCCCAGGGUCAGGCUAACCUGCCCAGCCCGAGGUCCCAGCAUCCUCCAUCCCAGCAACAGCCUGCCCCGCAACAGCAGCAGCAGCAGCAGCAGCAGCAGCAGCAGAGGCCGGUCAAUCCAGGAGGGGCCCCACAGCAGCGCCCCCCUGGCCAGGGCGCCCCAUCCCAGCGGGGCCAGGGCAGCUCCCCGCAGAUGCAGAGGCAGCAGCCGUCACCCGGGCAACCACAGCAGCAGCGGUCCCCCCCGGUGGGGCCGGCCCAGAGGCCCGCGGCGGGCCAGCAGCAGCAGAGACCGGCCCAGCAGCGUCAGGGGCAGCCCUCCAGACAGCCCGCACAGGGGGCGCCGCCCCCACAUCAGCAGCAGAGACCCCCCUCCCAGCAGGGGCGCCCCAUGGCCCCCACCACCCAGCAGCCCCGGCCUUCUGCCCAAGGACAGGGGGCGCAGCCUGGGAUGGGGGCACCGGGAGGCGGGCGCCCGCCCCUGCAGCAGAAGCCUCAGCCCCCCCAGAAACCCAGCCAGGACCUCCCUGGGUCAGGAGCCCCACCCCACCUGAACAAAUCCCAGUCUCUUACCAAUGCCUUCAACAUUCCAGAAACUACGGCAGCUCCCCGUUCCAGCCUUAGCCAGGACGAGGUGAAGGCAGAAACCAUCAGAAACCUGCGCAAGUCCUUCGCCAGCCUGUUCUCUGACUGAGACAUGGUUUAGUCCACAGGACACGCAGGCCAAAAGGCAAAACCUCCCUCUCACACACCCCCCCCCCCCCCCCCUAUGCA